GUCUUUUAUAUGGCCGAUAUGGGCACAAUAUCGUAAUUUGUAAACUUAUUCUCAUUCUCUAAUAUCUAUAAAAAUACUCAUUUUUUGGUUUAAAAUAACUUAAUAUUACAACUGACGGAUGCAUGUACAAAUUAAUAUAAUAUAGAGAUUAACAAACAUAUAGAGCUUUAAAUAUAUUUUAUAAUUUUGUGCAAAAUGGGACUGAUGACAGUUUUGAAGAAAAUGAAGCAGAAAGAAAAAGAGAUGAGAAUCUUAAUUUUAGGUUUAGAUAAUGCUGGAAAAACAACUAUAUUAAAAAAAUACAAUGGAGAGCCAACUAAUACAAUUGAGCCAACCUUGGGUUUUAACAUUAAAACAUUAGAUCAUAAAAGUUACAAACUAAAUGUAUGGGAUGUUGGUGGUCAAAAGUCAUUGCGAUCAUAUUGGCGUAAUUAUUUUGAAAGUACUGAUGGCCUUAUAUGGGUUGUUGACAGUGCUGACAAGAGAAGACUGAGUGAUUGUACUAAUGAAUUACAUAGUUUAAUUGAAGAAGAGAGAUUGGCUGGAGCUACUUUAUUGAUAUUUGCUAAUAAACAAGAUUUACCAGGUGCUUUAUCACCAGAAGAAAUAAAAGAGGUGUUGCAAUUAGAUCGAAUUAAAACUCAUCAUUGGAAAAUAAUACAUUGUAGUGCAUAUACUGGGGAGAACUUGUUGGAAGGCAUAAAUUGGAUGGUUAGUGAUAUCUCUGCUAGAAUAUUCACACUUGACUAAAAAUGUUUUAAAAAUUAAAAUUAAAAACUUUUUGUAUACACUAAA